GAGGUGGUGGUAACCGUGUUAGCGAAGGGGCCACCAAGAUGGCGAGGAAAGAGGGGGAGACCUGAUUUGGCAAUUCUGGGCCUGCACAGAGAAAUGCUCACACCUCCCACCACGCUUCAGAACACUGCUUCCGUGUGAUUUUGCCAGCGCUCAUGAGCACCCCUGGUGGAAAAGCCAAAUCCAGAGGCCCCCAAAGUGUUUACAAGGGGUCUUGAGAAGCAAUGGCCACAGAAGCCCCUGUGAACAUAGCCCCCCCUGAAUGCAGCACUGUGGUCAGCACGGCAGCUGACAGCCUCGUUUGGCAGCCAGACUCGCUAAACAUGCACGUCAUAAGGCCCAAGUCUGCCAAGGGACGCACGCGGCCCAGUCUGCACAAACCCCAGGGCGCAGAGGUGGACUCUCGCCGCACACUGUCUUCCCUGCCUUCAGCCAUUCCCUGCGAGUUGCCAAGCAGCCAGAAAGCAGGAGCCUGCACACCCAAAUCUCCAAAUCAGGGAGCUCCUGAGGAGAUCCCCGAGCUGCUGCAGCAGGUGCCCUUCGGGGCUUCCUCUUCCCUCAAUAAAUACCCGGUCCUUCCCUCCAUCAACAGGAAGACCCUGGAGGAGGGGGCUGUGGAAACAGUAGCUGAAAAGGCCGGUUCAUUGCAACUGGGCAGCAUCCAGGCUCUGGACCAAGAGGAGACCUGCACGAGGAAGACAAGAGAAGAAGAUUCCAGAGCUCGCGCUUGUUCCUGGGAGAGGAAAUUCGUGGUCCAAACCAAGAGACAGAACUCCUCCAGGGCUGGAGACCUGGAGGAACCAUCAGAUCAGGAGCCAAGGCUGCUGCUUGCUGUCCGAUCACCUUCAGGCCGAAGGUUUGUACACCAUUUCCGACCAACUGAUGACUUACAAACUGUUGUUGCUGUGGCGGAACACAAGAACAAGGCGGCCUACCGACGCUGCAGCAUUGAAACGAUGGAGGUGCCCAGGAGACGCUUCUCUGACCUCACCAAAUCUCUGCAAGAGUGUAGGAUCCCCCACAGGUCGGUGCUGGGCAUCUCCCAGGAAGAUGGGGAGGGGUGCCCCUGAGUCCGCAGCCACCAGCUGGGGUCCUGGGUCUCUGAGCAAGGAGCAUGUUCUGGUGCCAUGGCCUCCCGGGCAGCUUGGUUCCAAGUGUCACGUGAACCUGGUGCAGCUGUGAUUCUCGGGACUCUCUUCUUCACAGCAUCUCCUUUGAAGCAGUGAAAUUUGCACACGCACUGAGUGCGUGAAGAGGAUUCUCUUCCAGUUGUUAAAUUCUCUCCACCACUAGAGUGAACUGGCAGGUUACCAGGGCUCUUCCUGAAACAGCUGCGACCAGGCCUCUCCUUUCCAGAGGUCUGGGUCCCUUCUGGAGCCCCUGCUUGCCUUUACAAUGAAUUCUCACUCUCAUGAAGCCAAUGGUUUGCCUUUCUGUAUUUGAUGCAGGAUUAAACACUUCCCAGAGAGGAUUCUAAUCUGGUAAAUAACCAGAGAUCAGGAAAUGUCAAACUGGCAUUUGUGUUUCUUGCAAGCAUCUUUAAGAAAUAGGCAGUUGACCCUAUCGUGGAAGGAGCUCCUUUGCUGGGCUCAAGUUAUAGAGUUUUUUGGGGAUUACUGUUUGUGUGAGGUGGCUUCAGAGGAAAGGACAGGUCUUUUGCUAAUACAAAUCCCCUAGUACAUCAACAUUUCUAAAAUAGUCCAAGAGCUGGAAAGUAAAUUGCUUCCACAACCAUGGAUUAGCCAGUAGCUACUUUUUAAUAGAGAUUGACCGGAUUUUACAAUUUUUGGUAGAUAUACGUUGUGUGCAAAAUUUUUCCAAAACUCAGAAAAGCCGGUGUAAUCUGAUUUCCUUUGCUUUAGUCAGUAAUGGAAUCUUUUGCUUUUAACUUGCACAAGCCUACAAAUCUGCACCAGUUUGUACUAAAGGCCUCCUUGGCUCAUCUGGGUGUGGACACGCUGUUUUAUCUCCCGGUUUCAGUGUCUCGCCUACUUCAAACACAGAGCCUCCCUUGAAGCGACAACAGUGCCCCUUUCUCUGAUUUAGGAUCCUCCAGAUGAGGACGGUGCCUCAGUCUGUUGUCACUUUGCUGUGCCUGUGCUGGGAGACCGUGUGCCCAAGCGUCGGGUCGAUCAGCAUGAAGUGCCUCUGCCUGCCUUAGCCUGUAGCUGUGCUGAAGACCACAGAGUCUUGUUUUUCCAACUUUGAAGUGGUGACGUGGACAGUUGCCAAAGUUCUCUUGUAUUGUUAGUUCAGCAAGACUCCCGCGUCUCAUCUUGAUCCCUUUGUGGCCAAAUCACCAUUCAGAGUAGGGAACACUUGUCCCUCCCCAGACCUUGGCCAUCACGAAGCCCCGAGUACCGAUCUGUACCGCACCUCCUGGGUACACAGAGAAGACAGGAGUUCUAGAAGCAUAUCAGUGUCGCUACCUCAGCAACAAGUGUAUCUUGUGCUUAGAUAAGGCAUGUGGUUGGAAAUGUUACUUCCAGCAAAGCGAUACUUAGCCCUGGAGAUUAGCACCACCAUUGUUUCUUCUGAAGGAGGCUCACCUUGUCCUAACCGCAUCCCACACCAGCCAGAUCACUCUAGAAUAGGUUAUUUUCAAAUGUUUGCCAAAAUUUCCUAAUACCAUUUCUUAAGACCAUUUGUUCAGCUGCUCCUUUGACCCCCAAGGUCAGCCGGGGCUUGCAGUGCCUGGGGCAGGCCCACGCAACUGGCCGCCUCUUUGAGUUAGUGACCAUGGAAGGAGGGACUGGGGGCCCGAGCCUGGUACUCCCAGUACAGGAGUUCUGCCUCCCAACCAGGACCCACGCACGUAACUCUGCCUCUGAUCUAGGAGCCGGGGGAAGAGCCUCCCACAGGAUCACACCUACUCUGUCGUAAGAAUAAAAUCCCACCCACUGGGACGUGGUAGUUUCUCCAGGCAGGAGAUCUUUAGAAACUCCCGUGAAAUGGAGCAGGUUUGAAGGAGUUAGAAUCUUCUGCACUUAGGGUUUUGUGGCUGCUAUUUAGCUUAGAAUUUGGGGGUGGUGAAAAAAUGGAAGGCAUAAAGCAUAGAAAUAUUUUAGGAUAUGUGAAUAAAGCUAGAUUUGAACCACUUUAGUAAACGUUUUGGUGGGGG